UAACAACACAACACAAGGGAAAAAAUUACAACGAAUAUGAGAGCCCUACAUUUUAUGGAGUCGAGCGAGCACUGGACCCAUAUCAAGAAUUCAAGACAUUAAUAAUAAUAUUAAAAUUCUAAAAGAACGCAAUUUGGGUACCAUGCCCCAAAUUGAAACACACACCAAAAUUCAAUUUGGCGCCAUAAUCACCUCCAAAUUUCCCCGAACAAUUGAAAAAUCCCGCCUUUAAAUUGAACCCAUCAUCAAAUUUGUCAGUAAAUAUACAAUACAAGUAUACAACAAAUCUCUCAGCAUUUCUUCUCUUCUCAACGUCAACUUUUCUGCAGAACCCACAAAAAUGGCAGUUUCUACAACUCCAGUUGCUACUGCUACUGAAAAAAAGAAGGAAAUGGAAACCCAGAAAGAGGAACUUCAGAAGAAGUUGAAGAGGAGUAAAGAUCCUGGAAUUAGGGUUGUUGGUGGAAGGAUUUAUGAUCCUCAGAAUGGUAAAACUUGCCAUCAGUGCCGCCAAAAAACCAUGGACUUCACUGCUGGUUGCAUGAACAUGAAGGGGAACAAGCAGUGCACUAUAAAAUUCUGCCAUAAGUGCCUCCUAAAUAGAUAUGGAGAGAAAGCAGAAGAGAUGGAAGCUCUUGGUGAUUGGAACUGUCCUAAAUGCAGAGACAUAUGUAACUGCAGUUGUUGCAGGAAGAAAAAGGAUCAGAAGCCUACUGGUAUUCUCAGCCACACAGCAAAGGCAACUGGAUUUUCCUCUGUUUCAGAGUUGUUGCAUGUCAAGGGUCCUGAUGUAUGUCAGGAGUUGAUUGUUAAAAACAAGGCGGCUUCUUCAAUGAAAUCAACAUCAUUAACUGAGGGAUGUGCUGUGGUUUCUCCGAAGAAAAGAGGGAAAGAGAACCUAGAUUCCAAUUCUCCAGCUUCAAGCCUUGAUGGCAAUAAGAUAAAAAAAGCCAAGAAAGAAGUAGUGAAAGAGAUCAAGGAAAAGGUUGAAGUUGCUAAAGAAAAUGGUGUGUGUAGCCCCAGAAAAAAUAUUGAGAAGAUUUCUCUUAGAAGAAGUCCAAGAAAAUUCAACAUACCCCAAGAAGUAACUAAAAAGCAAGAAGUUGACAAUAGCCAGAAUAUUGUGAAGAGCAGUCCUAGGAAAAUCAAUGCUCCCCAAGAAGUCCACGAGAAUUCCACAAAAGAUACUAAGGAGAGAAAGAUUAUAGUUCAAGCCGAGCCAAAAGUGAAGGCUUGCAAAAUGACUGAUCAUACUGUUGUGAAUGUUGUCUUGCCCCCUAACAAUAUGCUGAAUAAUGUUGCCAGUAUUGACUUACUUCCUGAGGAUUCUGGACAUGCUUUGCAAUUUCUGGAAUUCUGCUCUACUUUUGGGGAGGUUUUGGACAUCAGGAAAGGACAGGCUGAAUCUGUAUUGCGAGACAUAGUGUGUGGACGGAAACGCAGAGGAAAAUGUUCUUCUGCUGUCCAGUUUCUAACCCAGUUAUUGUCUUUUAUCCUGAAGGAUGCGGAUGAAGAGGAAGAAUCAGUUAACUUAAACCCAUUAAAUGGUAAAGAUUCUUGGAUAAAUUCCCUCAAAAGAUGCCUCGAUGAAUCUGAGCUUGAAUUGGAGGAUUUCCCGGAGCAUUGCCUUAACAAAGGAUCUGAUGGAUAUGAGAUGUUAGAAACCUCACAGAAGCUCAAACUUCUGUGCUUUCUCUGUGACGAAUCACUUUCUACCAAAGAUAUGAGAAAUUGGAUAGAAGAACAAAAUUUGAAGCUUAUUGAAACCGAAAAGGAAGCAAAGUCUAGUCUUAAUGCAGCCAAGGAAAAGGAAAAGCAGGUAAAACACAAGCUGCAAGAGAAAAUUGCUAAAGCUGUUAUUGCGAAAAAUGGUGUACCUCUUACCAUCUCCGAACAUGAUGCUAUCAUCUCGAAAAUAAGAUCGGAAACUGAGCGUGCACGUGCAGAGUUAUUGGAGGCUAUGGAAUUGAUGCCUAAAAAGAGACAAAGAUCAGAUGCUGUGAGGACAGAGCCAGUGUUUAUAGACGACAAUGGUCGUGCUUUCUGGAGACUAAAAUGCUAUGGCGACUCGGACAUACUACUUCAAGAUUUUGGAGCUCCAGAACAAAUUGACUAUAAGGAUAAAUGGUCUACUUUUAAUGGUGAAGAUAUUAAAGUGGUCGAAUCAUAUAUUUCUUCUGUAAGGCUUAACCGGCACAACCGUAUUAAACACUUAAGUAAAAGAAAGACGAAGAGCUAUUCAAACCUCGACAUAGGCUUAAGCUCCGACGAUGAUUCAAACAUCUGCAAAACAUAAUAUCCGAGAUGCAUUCUGGUCUUACUCCUACAUCUUGCUCCAUUAUUCCUCUCAGGUAGCUGAUGAUGAUCAACACUAUUUUGGGAUGACUUCUAAUUGUUGAUUCUUAGUUGUAAAUCGCUGUUUUUAGUCGAAGAUUGCAAAUCGCUAAUCGUAAAUUGUAAUGCUUAGCGGGGUGUUACAACGUUAGGAUUUAGUUUAGCGUUUUCGUAUGAUUGUAAGUUACACAGCCAGUUUUUGUGUAGGUUUUCUGAGGCUUAGAAUUGUGUGGGAAGGUUUCCCAACUAAUGAUGUAUGUAUGAAUCUUUGAAACUUGUAUGAAUCAACUUCAAGCUAUUUCUUGGCACCAUACAUUUUGCAUCAAAAAUUACCAUACACAAAUUGUUAGUGUUACAUGUUUUAUCGA